CGUAGAGCCUGCAUUCCGAGUACGGCUUUCGAUCCACCAUGUUGCGUUUGAGCUCGCUCCUCACUUUCGUCCUGAUCUCGGCAUCCGUUUCCGCCGAGGUGGUCAACUUCCAGACAUGUGCGGAUAGUGUGGACGUCUGUACGAUCCACCAGGUUCAAGUUUCCCCGUGUCCUGAGGCGCUUAACAAUGCCGCCUGCCACAUCCACCGGCGCCGUAGUAACCAGAUGAGCUUCGACUUUACGCCCCACUUCGAUGCCGACACCCUGGAAGCCAGCUUGGGAUGGGCCAAGUCGGAGACGGUGGAGCUGCCCCUGCUCACCAUGGAUCGCGAGGCCUGCAAGUACACCCCCUGCCCCGUGAGAUCCGGAGUCACGCAGACCUACACCACCGAUGUGCCCAUCGAGGCCAAGUUCCCGCUGAGUUCUUAUACCAUUCGUUGGGCCCUGAAGGAUCCCGCCUCCGGAAAGCGCUGCUGCUUCACCAUCGACAUCAAGGUGGUUCGCUAAAGGGUUUCCUGAACUUAUCCGAGUCCGAUAGACUUUAUUUUACAUCUGCCUAACGACAUGUAGAAAAAUUGUACUUUACUUUUUGUUUUUAG